CCAACAUGGGUGCAGAUGACGAGCUUCGGGCCGCAGGGGAUUGCCCUCCUGCAUCACAUCCAGAAGCUCGACCUGAUCCGCCAUACUCGCAUCGUCACCGUUGACACUCUCCACCUGUUCCCGGAGACCUACGACCUCAUCGCCAAGGCCAAGGAUUUCUUCAAGCUCGGGGACAACCUCAAGGUGUACAAGUCCUUGGAGGGCUCCCGUGAGAAUUUCGAGAAGGCCUAUGGCAGCAAGCUGUGGAAGGUCGACCUGCAGUUGUUCGAGUUCUUGACCAAGAUCGAACCGACCCGACGCGCCCUCAACGAGCUCGGCGUGUUGGCAUGGGUGACGGGAAGGCGGAGGUCUCAGGGAGGCGAGCGGUCGCAUCUCCCCCUGGUUGAAGUCGAUCAGAACGACAACCGAGUGAAAGUGAACCCCUUUGUUGUGUGGGAGAGAGAGGAUGUAUGGAAGUACAUCAAGAAGCACAACUUGCCGUACAAUGCCCUGCAUGACCGAGGGUACACAUCAAUCGGGGACACCAUCUCCACUGACAAGAGCAGCGAGUUCGACAGCGAGCGUGCUGGGAGGUGGAAGAGCGUGGCGGGGAAGUCUGAGUGCGGGAUCCAUCUG